AUGGGAAAGAGGUACCAUUGUGAGUAUUGUGAUAAAACUUUAGUAGCAGCACCAUCGACUAUCAGGACGCACAAUAAUGGAUCAGUACACCAAAAACUCGUAAACGAUCAUUACCAACAGUUCAAAGACCCUGAGACAAUACUAGAAGAAGAAAGCUCAAAGAGACCUUGCACUAGAUAUAUUACAAGCCAGUGUCCUUUCGGCAGCAUAUGUAGAUAUUCACAUUAUACUCCAGAGGAAAUCAAUAAUUUAAAAUAUUAUGUUGCUGAAAAGAAAAAAUUACAAACAAAAAAUCCAGUAUCAUUUGGGGAUAUAUAUGAAAAAUUUAUAGUUGACAAUACCACACAAGUUACCACAAAGGAAAAUGAAAGUGUAAUUUAUGAUUCAAAUGGAUACACACAUAUCUUGCCAUGGGCAUAUAACCCUAUUUUUGACAAUUACAGUGAUUUGCCACCAAGUAUAAAGCGGUUAAAAAUGUCUGAUUUUGACAAUAGCAAUAUUGUGACAUGGGGUUAA